AUUUUCUCUUUUGCCCACGAUGUUCAUUUCCUUUUCUACUCUCUCCCUGUCUGUCUUUGAACUUUCUUCUCUGAACGGCUAAAAAGACUGACCAGUGAACCCAGAGAAAACCGCACCUCCAAACUAAAACUUAACAAACACUCGCCAGAUCGUCGGAGCAGGCCAUGGAGACUUUCCGGGAAACGCAAAUCCGGCCACCCCGGCGGAUUUUCCCGGCUGAGUGCAACUCAAGGCUCCGUCCUUUCACUACGAAACUAUGAGCUGAACUAACUUGUCGUGAAACCCCUUUAGCAAAAGAGCCGAAUAGUUGCGAGGAAACGCCUCAAAGUCCUUUUCUUGCCCUUCACUUGGGUCCCUGCAAUGGCGGCCACCAACACCACCACGUCGCAACCGCAACCGCCGGUGGACUCGGUCUCGGCCGACGAGCUGGCGGCGAAAGCCGUGCACAAGCGGUACGAAGGGCUGGUGAUGGUGCGGACCAAGGCUGUAAAGGGCAAAGGGGCCUGGUACUGGGCUUACCUCGAGCCCAUGCUGGUUCAUAACACUGAUACAGGACUCCCCAAAGCGGUCAAGCUCAAGUGCUCCCUCUGCAACGCCAAUUUCUCCGCUUCGAACCCAUCUCGCACCGCCUCUGAACACCUUAAACGCGGCACCUGUCCGAAUUUCAACUCAAUGGCGAAACCCAUUUCCUCUAUCUCCCCAUCCUCCCUGGCUUCUCCUUCUUCUCAUCACCAUCAACACACCAGCCGCAAACGUAGCUCUUCUUCUUCCGUUACGGUCACCGCCACUGCUGUCACAAUUUCCCCGCCUCCACCACCCGGUGGCGGUACCUAUCAGGUGGCGCCGUUGGCUGUCGUAGAUCCCUCGAGAUUUUGUGGCGGAGAGUUAGCGUACCCCACAGUGGCUGCUGUCAGCGGUGGUGGUGCUGCCGGGGCUCUGCUGACGCAACAGCCGCAUUUGAUGCUAUCAGGUGGCAAGGAGGAUUUAGGUGCUCUGGCUAUGCUCGAAGACAGUGUGAAGAAGCUCAAAAGUCCUAAAACAUCGCCCGGGCCAACUUUGAGCAAGACCCAGAUAGAGAGUGCUCUCGAUUAUCUUGCCGAUUGGGUCUAUGAAUCGUGCGGGUCGGUUUCUUUUUCCAGUCUUGAGCACCCAAAAUUUCGAGCUUUUCUUAACCAGGUUGGUUUGCCAGUGGUAUCAAGAAGAGAGUUCGCUGGGAGUAGACUGGAUGCUAAGUUUGAGGAAGCCAAGGCAGAGUCCGAGGUGAGAAUCAGGGACGCCAUGUUCUUCCAGAUUGCGUCUGAUGGGUGGAAAGUGAACAACUUUGGUGGCAGUGGUGAAGUGAAUUUGGUAAACUUGACAGUGAAUUUGCCUAACGGGACAAGUUUGUAUAGGAAGGCAGUGUUUGUUAGCGGCUCUGUUCCUUCGAAGUAUGCAGAGGAGGUUUUAUGGGAGACAAUAUCUGGUAUUUGUGCCAGUGGUCUGCAGCAGUGUGUAGGGAUAGUUGCUGAUAGGUUCAAGAACAAGGCUUUAAGGAGUUUGGAGAAUCAGCACCAUUGGAUGGUUAAUCUUUCUUGUCAGUUUCAGGGGUUUAACAGUUUGAUUAAGGACUUCAACAAGGAGCUACCUCUGUUCAAAGCUGUCACUGAGAAUUGCUUGAAGCUUGCCAAUUUUGUUAACAACACUACCCAAGUUCGAAAUACAUUUAACAAGUAUCAGUUACAGGAGUACGGUCAUGCAGAGUUGUUAAGAGUUCCUUUGCGUGAUUAUGAGCAAGUGAAUUUUAGACCUGUAUAUACAUUGCUUGAGGAUGUACUAAAUUCAGCGCGAGCCCUUCAGUUGGUUCUGGUUGAUGAAGUGUAUAAGGUAAUGUCCAUGGAGGAUCCUAUGGCAAGGGAGAUAGAAGAGAUGAUUCGAGAUGUGGGUUUUUGGAAUGAAGUGGAGGCAGUGCUCUCAUUGGUUAAAAUGAUCAAGGAAAUGGCUCAAGAGAUUGAGACAGAGAGACCCUUGGUCGGCCAAUGCCUGCCACUCUGGGAAGAGCUAAAAGCAAAAGUGAAAGAUUGGUGUUCCAAGUUUCAUGUUGCAGAAGGAUCAGUAGAGAAAGUAAUUGAAAGGCGGUUUAAGAAGAAUUACCACCCUGCUUGGGCUGCUGCAUUUAUACUUGAUCCCCUUUAUUUGAUUAGGGAUACUAGUGGGAAGUAUCUUCCUCCCUUCAAAUGCUUGACGCCCGAGCAAGAAAAGGAUGUUGAUAAACUUAUAACAAGGCUUGUUUCUAGGGAGGAGGCUCAUAUUGCGUUAAUGGAGCUCAUGAAGUGGAGAACAGAAGGGCUUGAUCCCGUAUACGCACGAGCUGUGCAGAUGAAAGAGAGAGAUCCCAUAACCGGAAAGAUGAGAACUGCGAAUCCACAGAGCAGUAGGCUUGUGUGGGAAACUUAUCUUACAGAGUUUAAGUCCCUAGGGAAAGUUGCAGUUAGACUUAUCUUCCUUCAUGCAACUUCAUGUGGGUUCAAAUGCAAUUGGUCUUUGUUAAGAUGGAUUAAUGCUCAUGGGCAUUCAAGAGCGGGUAUGGAGAAAGCUCAAAAAUUGGUUUUUAUUGCAGCUUACUCGAAGCUUGAGAGACGUGAUUUUUCUAGUGAAGAAGAGAAAGAUGCAGAGCUGUUGGCAUUGGCGAACGGUGAGGAUGAUGUGCUAAAUGAAGUUCUUGUUGAUACAUCCUCAGUGUAACAUUUUUUCUAGUCCUUUAGAAAUUUAUAUUUGUAGGAUUUAUUGAAUUCUUUUCACUACUUUUUUUUUUGUUUACCACGUGUUUACUUACUCGUUAGAAGAUUUAUAGGGAAGUCAGGUGGGAGAAAAAUGAGCAUUGGUAGGUGAUUGAAUAUUGUAUUCCCACCGUUGCUCGGAGCAAUUUCUCAUCUUUCACCCUAGCAUGAGUUUUGGAGUUUUUUUUUUCUGUUUGAAGGAACAAAACAAAAAAUCUUCUUGUUUGUAGACAUUAGCGUCAAACAGGAAGAACAUUGUAAAAUUGUUGUUCAUCUAGUAUUUUGGAUAAAUAAUACUACUACCUAUAAAGGGGAAAAUUUUACGAUUUCUCCUUUGUUUUUCAAGAUCGAAAUUUCUUUAUCGCCUUUAUUCUGAAUUUUACCAUCAAUUAGUCAGAUUUCAUACUGUUAUCUUCACUGUACUCUUGAUUGUUAUACCAAUUGUUUGGCAUUUUAUCUAACUUCUCUUUGCCUCCCUGGUUUUGGAAUUAGCAUUUCCAGAUUUACAUGUCUAGGGGCUAUGUAGGUUUCUCAAACAGGAUGUUGGAUACUUCAUUCUUAAGCUUCAUUUAGAACUUUACAAGUAAAGCGUAGUAUUUUUCUCGCAACCCAGUUGUUAUUUUAUGUAGUUUUCACCAUUAUUGUUUGAUAGAUGAAGUUAUUCAUUGCCAAAGCAUAAGCUACCUUUUUGCCUUAAAAAAAGCUCAUUAUAUAUACAUAUAUAUAUAUGUAUGUAUAUUUAAAGUCCAGUGAACGUGAACUUUGAUUAAAGUAUAGGAUUUUGGCUGCUUGUUUUCAACUUCGUUGCCAUGUGGAUCCCUUGCUCAAUCUUCCCAUGAUUCCAUCCCCAGAAAAAAUCUUUUUCUGUUCUUUUUUUGGUAUCGAAUUUGGACAUCUUGUGGUCCUCUUAUAAACAAGUCAAGGUCACAAAACUAUAGUUAGGGGGUUUUCUGAAUUAAGGUCCAGUUUUUGCAACAAACAUAGCCAAAGGCAUCGACUUUGCUCUAUCAAUGCCAUGUAAUAACAUAACAAAUUCUGCCUCUUUACAUAUUUGUCUCUUCUCUAUGUUUUCUGAUUGUAGGAACCCGAAUAACAUUCAUUCCAUCGGGAACUGCUUAUACUUUUGUUUGGAAUUGUAUGAUUGUUUUGUUUGAAAGUUUUGGUGGUCCAGACCAUUUAACUAUUGAAUUUGCGGAAGAGGGCAUGUUUAACAAGUUAGAUGUUGUAGGCUUUUGAUGAAAUGAAUUGUGAGAAUAAGAAUUAUACUG